UACUUGAUGAGAGAAGUUACGAUUUCUGAUCAUGGUGGAAGGAUCAUGGCCACAAUAUCACGGAUGUGGUCAUGGUGGUUGGAAGAGACUGAUGAGAAAGAUGGACGGGCGAAAUUCAUUCUCACGAUCUUCGUCACGGCAUUCGCUGUCUCCUGGUACACAUGGGUCAUCAAGAAAUCAAGAAAAGAGAAGCUGUUGUGGUUAUUGCCUCCUGGCCCACCAGGGUUGCCGUUGAUCGGUAACCUUCCGUUCGUAGAACCUGAGCUACAACUCUAUUUUUUCAGAUUAACAAAGAUAUACGGUCCGAUCUUCAGGCUUCAGCUGGGCAACAAGCUCUGUGUGGUAUUAAAUUCACCUUCCCUCGCAAAGGAGGUGAUGAGAGACCAUGAUGCAGUCUUCGCCAACCGAGAUGCGCCGAUCACAGCGCUGACCAUCUCUUAUGGUGGUAUGGACAUCGCAUGGAGUGCGUACGGUCAUGAUUGGCGCAUCCAAAGGAGGUUAUUCGUCCGCGAGAUGAUGAGCAACACCAUACUCGAGUCAUACUACACUCUCCGUCGGCAGGAGGUCCGUCGGACUGUUUGUGACAUCUACACAAAAAUCGGGACGCCGAUCAGCAUACGUGAGCAGAUGUUCCUGACCGUUCUCAAUGUGAUCAUGAACAUGAUUUGGGGUGGGACACUCAAGGGCGAGGAGAGGAUUAGGGUGGGUGCUGAGUUUCGGAGGGUGGUGGAGGAAUGCGUGGAGCUGAUGGGAAAACCGAAUAUUUCCGAUAUUUUCCCGGUUAUAGCACGGUUCGACUUGCAAGGCUUGGAUCGGCGAAUGAAGAGGCUGUUGUUGUGGUUCGAUCAGAUAUUUGACUCGGUCUUAGAUCAACGGAGGAAAACGGUGAAAGCAGAAGGGAAUGGGAAGAGCCAGGAAAGCACGGAUUUCCUGCAAUUACUGAUGCAGCUAUUGGACGAUGAAGAUCCGAAGACACGCAUCACUAUGACCCACCUCAGGGCCCUUCUUAUGGACGUGGUGGUUGGCGGGACCGAGACUACGUCGACCACGGUCGAAUGGGCCCUGUCCGAGCUCAUGUAUCAUCCACACAUCAUGAGAAAAGUACAAGACGAGCUAGAGAAAGUAGUAGGCAAAAAUAACACAGUAGAAGAGUCUCAUUUGCGGAAACUACACUACUUAGAUGCGGUCUUGAAGGAAGUUCUCCGGCUACACCCAGUGCUCCCGUUACUCAUUCCACGCCGCCCAAGCGCUUCGUGUAAUGUGGGUGGCUAUACGAUCCCCAAGGACACCCGUGUCUUGGUUAAUGCAUGGGCCAUACAUAGGGACCCAGAUGCUUGGGACCGUCCAUUCGAGUUCCGACCGGAGAGGUUCUUGACGGAGGCUACGAAAUCGGAUUUUAAUGGUAACGAUUUCCGUUACAUUCCGUUUGGAUCUGGGAGGAGAAUCUGUGCCGGGCUUCCUUUAGCAGAGAAGAUGUUAAUGCAUGUGUUGGCAUCGCUCCUGCAUUCAUUCGAGUGGGCAUUGCCAGAAGGGACGGAGCUCGAUCUUUUGGAGAAAUUUGGGAUUGUUAUCAAGAAAUCCACGCCGCUCAUCGCCAUCCCUUCGCCGAGAUUAUCUAAUCCUCAGCUCUAUGCUCCGUAUGCAACCUUCGAGAUUUAGUAAUCAAAGGGUCAGAUAGAUUAAGUGGUGUUGCUAGUUUUCGUAUGGCGUGGCAAACUCACUCUAUGGUUACUCCCUUCUAUAAUCAUAUUGUUUCAUGUUUCAUUUCGUUGGAGCAUCCGAUCCGUGAAAAUUGUGAGCCAUGGGAUGAAGAUCAGUUGAAGUGAAAAUUGGAACGAUCCACUCAUUAGGUACAAAUAUGAAUUGAGUCAGAUCUUCGGCCAUCCAUUGAUUUCAAACGGUGUAGCACACCUGAUGGAUGGACCAAGCUGGUUUUUUCCACGGGUGAUUUUUAUGACACGGCCCACCUUUCGCACGGCUCCGAUGUUGUAUGAAAAGUUCGCAUCCAACGCUAUAUGUGAAAAGAGAUGUAGUGUGUAUUUGUAUGCGCAUGAUUAAAUGCAUAUUAUUAUAACU